UUCGCCAUAUCUUCCAGUAAUAACCCACCACCCACGUGAAGGCAACAAGGAAAGCAAACCAGCAAGCAUGCCACCGCCAUCAGCAGCAGCUUUGGUCAAGAAACCAAAGCCAAUCGUGUACGAAUCGUCAAACUACUUUCGGCAGCGCAUUGUGCUGUCGCUGCUGAGUGGCAGACCGUGUCGCUUUAACAACAUCCGUUCAGAGCAUGCGAACCCCGGCGUCAGAGGCCAUGAGGUCAAGUUCCUCCGAUUGAUGGAAAAGAUUACAGAUGGCACAAAGAUUACCAUCAACGACACAGGCACGCAAGUAACAUUCCGGCCAGGCAACAUUGUCAACGGGCGCAAGUUGACGUUCAACUGUGGGACAGCGCGAUCUAUCGGCUACUACCUCGAGCACCUGCUGUAUGUGGCCCCAUUUGGCAAGAAGCCGCUGCACAUCACCUUCACUGGCAUCACCAACGACGACCAGGACCCCAACGUCGAUAUCCUUCGUACGACCAUGCUGCCCGUGCUGCAGCGCUUUGGCCUCGACGACGGGCUCGAACUCAAGAUUCUGAAGCGCGGGUGCCGCGGUAGUGGCCGUGACGACAGCAAGGACGACAAACAGAGCGCUGGCGGCGGCGAAAUUGUGUUUCAGUGCCCCAUCUUCCGUCAGGUCACACCGCUUCGAGCGCUGCUGCCGGGAAAAGUCAAGCGCGUUCGCGGCAUUGUGUACACUGCGCUGACGGCGUCGCACACGUCGAACCGCGUGGUGGACGGCGCGCGCUCGGUGCUCAACAACUUCAUCCCAAACGUCUUUCUCUACACCGAGCACUUUGGCAAGGACAAGGGCGGAAAGGCGCCUGGCUACGGUGUGUCGCUGAUUGCGGAGACGACGCAGGGCUAUCUGUUCAGUGCACAGGCCACGGCGCAGCCUCGCCAGCAGCCAGAGGAGCUUGGCAAGCAGUGCAGCCGCUUGCUGCUUGAAGAGAUCAAGCGCAGCGGAACAACGGACCGGCAGUGCCAGUGCGUCACCUUUGCCCUCAUGGCGCUCUGCUCGCAGGACGUGUCCAAGGUGUGUGUUGGCGAGCUGACCGACUACUCCGUGCAAUUUCUUCGCGACCUGAAGAAAGUGUUUGGCGUUACCUUCAAGCUGCGUCGUGAUCCAGAGACAAACCUCAUCUAUGCAUCGUGUGUUGGCGUGGGAUACAAGAACGUCAACAGGAAAAUCACAUAGCACGGGCAUGUGCUUGUUGUUGGGUGUUGUGUCUUGUCCGGGUCUGAGUCCGUGUGCGUGUGCAUGUGUGCGACUUGUGGUCUUAUGGAAUCAUUGUGUGGAUUCGCUGUACAUAUGAAUGUGAUGCAUGUUGUCGUUGGUGCGUGUGUGUGUGUGUAUGUCAAGGUAAACUCGUUUAGCGUCGCCACAAUACACGCGCGUUCCACCAUCAACGCCAGCGAAC